AUGUCGGCCACCGUAACUCUUACAGCACCAACGCCAGCCUUUACUCCAUUGAGUGAUCUCAAAAAGGCCCAUACACAAAAUAUCAAGGGUCAAUCCAGCGCCAACAAUGAAAGCGGAAAGUCUUCGUGGUCUUUAGACGAGAAUGGCAGAUUUACUGAUUGCCCGGGUGAUAUCAGCGAGUUCCUAAUCCCCGACCACGCAGGCGCCAGUACCACGACGAACGCGCUCCGGUGGAGAGCAAAGAAAAGCUAUGCCGCUAUUGCUACGUUAGGGCUCGCAUUGUUCUAUGGCUCAGAUAGCCCUCGGCUGCGAACAGUUGGAAUAAGCCUGCUCUUUCCUGGUGCAGGAUACCUCGCCGUUGGCGGGUUCUUUGGAUAUAGCGGCUUCAUACUCACGGCGGCUUUUUUCCCCCUUUGCAUGGUGGCUUGGUUCGGUGCCGGUGGAUUGGCAUUUCCACUUGCUGACUGGAUUUUCUCUGGCCUCAUUGCGACUUAUUUUGCAGGCCCGCAGCUUGUCGAGUCCUCCGCCGCCACUACACUGGGUCUCGUUGGAGUUGUUUACACGUACUUAGCCACACGGUCGAGCUGUGAAGAAGUCGCUGAAGUUGAGAAAAAAGCCCGUCGAAAUGAUCUUCUCCUUGAAGCGAACAAGAGAUGGGAACUUGAGACCACCACGGCUGGUCCUCCAGGAUCUCGAGAGAUGACCCUAGAUCAGCUUCGCUUCAUGCAAUGGAUCCUGGAGCUUGCGAUGCAAGACCAUGACGACUAUACCAACAUGACUAAUAUCGACCAAUUUCAACCCGCCGCAUUUCGCUAUCAGCUUUACGAAUUCGUGAACUGCCUUGGUACAUACCAAUGCCAUUGUGCUCCCAAUUUUCACGGAUAUUUGUCGGCCGCUCAGCGGAAUGCGAUUGAAAAGUCAAUCACUCCUAAGGUGCUCGGGUUUUGGCGAUGGGAAAGCCUUUGGGGAAAAUUCACCACUAACUAUGAUCCGGUCAUCAAAGAUAACAUCAUGGUAACGGGUUUUCUUGCUCUUGCCAUCGGCAUUUACCAGCGAAACACGGGAGAUACACGCUAUGCAAAGCAGAACGCGCUGGACAUGAAAAUCACCGACAAAAAGUCUUACAAGCAUGACUAUCACUCGUUAUAUAAAGCUCUCAUCGAUAACUGGUCCGAGAGCAAAUUUGUUCUGUAUCCGUGCGAGCCGAAUUGGAUAUACAGCAUGUGUAACUUGGAAUCUUACGCUGGGGCUACAGUUUAUGAAGACAUAUACCCGAAUGAAAGGAGCCAGAAGUUCCUCCAAGACUUUUACCGGCAUUUCGAAGAGGACUUCUUCACCCGGGGCGGCUCAUGUAUCCCAAUCAAGAGCGCUAUAACGGGCUUCACCAUUCCCGGUCUAUGUGGAAGCAUGGCGGACACUUCCAAUAGCCUGUUUUGCUCCCCUUUUAUGCCGACGCUUGCGAAACGGAUCUGGCUCAUCACGAAAGAGGAAAACGUACGUUUCGAUAAAGACGGAAAGAUUGAUAUCAUCAACCUCAAGGGCGCCGACGUCAUCGACGGCGGAAACUACGAGAAGAACUCCCGGGGCCCUCUAGGUGUGUUUGCGAUUACAGCCGCGGAGUGGGGCGAUAAGAAGGUGUCGGAAGCUUGCUUGAAGAGGAUUGAUGAAGAGUUCGCACCGGUAGAAGUCAAUCCCAAGACGGGUUCUAAGAGAAAUAAAGGAAUGGGAACUACCACAUCGGGCAUGUUGACGAGAGCUCGAUUCAUGGACGGAGGCGACUGGGCGACUCUGGUCAGACAUGGGCCAGCGAAAACCGCUCUCGCUGGUCCUGUGCUUGAUUCGGCACCAUACCCGCAAGUAUUGGUUGCGAAAGCAUUCUCGCACACUUCGAAGGAUCUAGAGCUUGUUCUCUAUAACGGCCAGGAAGAAGGCAUUUUCCAGCUUGGGCUGACGAAGUUGCAGCCCGGCGUCACUUACACUGGACUGCCAGGACGAGCCUUUACCGCUGAUGGCACCGGGAACGCUGAGAUAUCGGUCGCGCUCCAUGGCCGUACACGCAUCCACUUACAGCCCACUGCCAAGUGAUGGGACGAUCCGCGGGAGGUAGAAUGCGGGGAAUGAUUUUUAUUGACGGCUUGCUGCGCCGAGGACUAUCUUUGGUGUAUAGUUGUUGUAUGUACAAAUGCUGAUGACACUCCUUGUGCUAGUCUCAACAUG